AUGGCUUGUUUUCCUGGAGAAGAUGUAACAGCAUUUGUUAAUGCUCCUCAACAUUUGCGGCUCUUUCUGAGUUCUAGUGGCUGCUUGAAUCCAAAAAAGCAAAUUUCUAAUGCUUCUCAUCAUGCAAUGAUUGGCAGAGCAACUGCAACAAAGCAUGAGUUUUCUUCACAGAUGUUCGCUAUGACAAAAUAUGAAGAGAAAUUGUGUUUGUAUACCAAAAACAUGCAAAUCUUAGCGAAAAACAUCAAUUACACUCAGAAAAUAAUGAAAUGUAUCAGUAAAAGUGUUUACUGUGUUAAAGAAAAACACAUUCAGGGGAUUUGUGCGGCAGAGAAUUGGAACGAUAGCUGGAUACAUAGGUUUGUAUACAAAGACGUAAAGGGAUUCCAAUUAGAUCGCCGAAAGAGAAGAUGCCAUGGAGGUAUUCAAACUGAUAAUUUUCUUAAGAAAGAGAAGGCCAUAGAUGCAUCUGAGGCAGCCCAUACAAAAUGUUCAAGCAAAAGUAAGCAAAUUUUUACUUUCCUUCAUCAUUUACUUCUCUUUGCACUUUCAUUUACUUUAAAUUGCACAUAUUUCACAUAUUCAUCAUUUACUGUACUUUCCGAAUAA